UGGCGGGCGGAGAGGAGCGCGGCGUGCAGGGAGGUGGUGCGGCGCUGAUAUGGGAGCCGGAGGGGCGGCGGGGCUGCUGCUGGUUAUACUACUGAUUAUGCCUGGAGCUGGAGCAGAGGACUGCAGGGAGGGAGAGUACUUUCAUGAAGGCCGCUGCUGCGAGUUUUGUCCAGCAGGUACUUAUGCUGCUCAGCACUGCCAUACUCCCCAUUCGAGAGGAAGAUGUGACCCUUGCAAGGAAGGAGAGGGUUAUACCGCCCAUGAGAAUGGCUUGGAAGAAUGCUUGUCGUGCAGGCAAUGCAAAGAUGAUCAAGUGACUCUGAGACCCUGUACUCUGACGCAUGACACCGAAUGUCAGUGCAGGCAAGGGUAUUUCUGCCCUGCUGAGGGCUGUGAAAUAUGUCAGAGAUGCAGUACAAUGUGUCCUGAAGGAAAAGAAAUCGUGCAGAAUUGCAAUGCUACGAUGGACCUGGGAUGUUACUCACCUGAUCAAGGAAGCACAUCUUUUGUUUGGAUUAUUGUGAUUGUUUUUUGUGUUACUGGUGGUUUGUUGCUCUUUGUGAUUAGAAGGCUGAAGGGUCAUAAAGCUGUUUCAACUGAUAAAGAUGCUGAGAAAGGUCUGGAGUCUGAGGGCAGUACUGAAAGCCUCAUUUUACCAGGAAUGGAGACACCUGCAAAUAACAUAGCCAACCCUGAGGAUGAGAACUCUGGUGAGAGCCCAGAGGGCCAAGCACAAACCAAUGUUAAUAUGGAAGUGAAAACCACGUCACCGGAGGAAAACAGGGUUGUGCUUCCUGAGCGUGGCACUAUCCUGUGCAGGGACUGGAGGCACCACGUGGGAAGGUGCUGGAGAAGGCUUGCUGCUGCUUCUCUACCAUUAAAAGCUGGGCAGAAUCCUGCUUUUCAUCAGAAUGUACCAUCUAACAUACAAAAUAAGGUGCCAGCAAAUCGUAUGGUACAAGAAUCAAAGUAUCAAAUAAUUGUUAAAGAUCUCUCUCAAAAAAAACUGAGAGACAGCUUUUGUGCCUUUAUAAAGGAAGUACCACCCCAAAAAUGGAACUGGCUUAUGAGAACUCAUCUGCAGGAAAAUGAUAUUGUUAAAAUUAUUUAUGACUUUCCUAAUGAUAUAGAAGAGCAAUCUUACCAGAUGCUUCUUGCCUGGAAAAACACAUUGGGAGAGAAACAAUGUAUUAUUAAGUUACUGGAUGAGUUAAGGUAUCUAGAUACCAAGGCUUAUGAUAACAUAUUGAACACUCUAAAAAGUAAUAACAUUAUAUGUAAAUUAGAAACCACGGGUUAAUGUUUACGAUGAACUUCCAAGAUGCUCGUAUGUACAUAUAUCUGUUUACAAUCUUCCUUUAAAUGAGGGUGUCCACAAACUGCUACUAAAAAUGACAGCAUGGACUUGAUACCCUCCUCACCUUCAUGCAGCAAGCUGGAAGUGAUUUAACGCCGUUGGUGUUAACACGGACUCUGGUUGUGAUGUUCACUUAAGGUCUUUUGAGUUGUAUGAUAUUAAACUCAGGCACCAGAUGCCAGCUUGAGAGCAAGCGAGGAGCUCCAGCUCACGCUUCCCCUCGUGUGAGGAAAGACCGUGCUGUUCAAAGCCGGGCGGUGGAAGCCAAGAGGCUGAUUAUGAGAGGAUUGCAAUACUUUGGUUUCUGAAACGAUUAACUUUUGUUUUGUGUCGGUAUGCUCGGAACUGUUAUGUUUGAAGCACGGUAAUAA